UUCUGAUUGAGAAGGCGCUAGGAAGCGAAGUCGAGUCUACGUAAAUGAAUUUUUCUUCAGCCACUGAAUGCAGCAUCAUCUUUUCACUUGUAGAGGCAUGCCUUUUCACUUGUAGGAAACGAAAGAAAACGACCUUUAGCAGUAUUAUAGACUGUUAAAAAGCACACACUCACACAACUUCUGUGCCUGGGGUUUCACCUGUAGAAUCAUGAACAGGGUGUCGCUUGCACGACCAUACAACACAAAGUAGGCCUCCGACAUUAAAAGAACUGAGUCCGAGUUUACCAGUACAUGAGUCGUCCUAUUUGAAUAUUUUCGCACUGUGGACAUAGACGAGAGGCGGCAGGCAACGAAAAACGUUGCGGACAUCGACUAGGAGCGAGAGGUGGCAGGCAACAAAAAACGUUGUGGCCAUCGACGAGCAACGAGAGGUGGCAGUGAACGAGAUUUUUUUCCUUGACAUCGACUAGAAUACAGCGGGAUCUACUCGGCAUUUUGUGAGUGGCGCUAUAAUUUUCCAGCUUCUUCUUGCGGUGGGAUUGAAGGAAGUGCUGCUCCUCUGUAUCGUGGUGACGCAGCAGAAGCACAUUGCAAGGUCGAGAAUAGCCUACUGCGACGAGGAGCGGAGCUGCAGAUCUUUUUCGUCGACUGAAUAAAGAAAAAGAUCAUCUUUUUCAGAACGAGAACGAAGCCUACUACAAUUAAGUUACAUCUUUACAAUAUUUUGGAGCAUAGUUCUAGCGAAGAUAUAACGAGAAGCAGGAGCAAUACGAAACUCGAUCGAGUAUCAUUCUAGUACGAGAUUCACGACACAGACGACAGCAUAGAUCAUACGAAGUAGACGCCCACGGAGACCUGAAAGAGGUCACAACACGAACGACAUCAACACGAGUUCCUUCUGACAGGACGGAUGUCCAAAAAACAGAAGGGGCGGAAGAAGGGCGAAGAAGACCAGAAUGUGGCCAACGCGUGCGCUAGAAGUGACCUAUCGAAGUACGAGCAGCUGUUGGAAAAAGAAAGGGAAGAGAUACAGUUGAUCCUGAAGAAGCGUGAGGAGGAGCUAGCAGCGGAACUCGAGAAACAGAUCGAGAAAGAAAAGUCCGAGCUGGAAAGACAACAGGCGGAGGCGGUCCAGAAACAUGAGGAGGAACUAAGGCAACGGGUAUCUAUCAAGUUCAUGAUUAGUAUAAGUAAUUCGAAAAGUGUAUCAGUAUCUAUGAAGUUCAUAAUCAUAAGUACUUUGAUCUUAUUAAGAUAAAGCAUGAUGAUGAUUCUAAAUUCGAAAUCUUGAAGAUCAUGCUUGCUAGACUACGAAGACGAAAGUUUCGGAAUACUGAUCUGGGCAACAUUCCACUCACACGAGCGAGUAGCUGACUGAAAUAUCCGAGUGUCUCAGACGAUUACUCUCUGGGAUACUCGGCGAUUUCAGUUUGUCGAAUACUGGGGUUUUAUCUCGAUGCAGAUCAUGCUUGCUAGACUACGAAGACGACCUGAGGCAGUCGCACCAUGAUACUAAACUUGGAAGCUUGUUGUAGUUUCUUUAGGAUUGCUUCUGUCUUGUUCCUAACGAAUAAGUUCUCAUCAGCAUCGUUUUUUAGAGUUUGUCAAUAAUUGUACUUGAACAUGUUCGUAGUAUCAUUUUUGUUCUGGAUUUGUAAUUGUAUACCUGCUUCGCUGAGUGGGCGUGGAAUAAAGUACACAAACACGCUCCUUUCUAGGAGGAGAAGCUCCGGCAGUCGCUAGAGCGCGAGCGGGCGGACUUGGCUGCGAAAGCCGCGCAGCUUGAGAAGCAGGCUCAAAAGGAGGCCCAAGAUGCGGCUAAAAAAUACGACAAUAUCAAAAACCACGAGGGGCAGAAGGUGAAGAAGCAAGAAAAGGUACUUAAAUUUCUAAUUGCUUAUUCAUGGAGUCUGGCUGUUUAUUACAUACGGCAACAGCACUCUUCACACCUAUCCUUGAAAUCGAACUAGCACGAAACUUCUCCAACCUAAGUAAAGUUGAAGUACGAAGAUACUAACUUCGUUUUUUUUUUCAUUCUAAGACCAUCCUACCUACGCGUGAUGACCUCCAUCUUCAAUAUCUUCAAUAUCUUGCUGCAGCUAGUAAUUUACAAGCUUUAUAUCUAAUAAUUCGUCUUUCCUUCUCCAAUUAUAAUCAGCUCCUUGAGGAAUUUAAGAGCCAUGAGGAUCAACGCCUGGCGCAAAAGCUUGAGGAGGAAAACGAGAAAUUUCGCAAAGAGCGCAAUGCCAAACUGCAGGCAGAAAAGAAAAAAUUUUUGGAUAAGCUCCACGAAAAAGAAAAAAAGCUCCUAGCAAAGAAGGUACUUAUUAUUUUAGGAAGUAAAACUCUAUUCACGAUUGAAAAUUGCCGUUAAGGAUAAUACCUAAUAGAAGUACAAGUACUAUUUAAGGUACUUACCUAUUGAUUGCCAGCAAAGAAGUUUUUAUGUAGGAAGUUUGCAAUUUGUGAUAUGCCCGCAAAUGAUGGACCCACGACCUCUUGUACUUCUGAAAUAGUGCUAGGGAGAAUUUCUUGAUUUCAGAAGUACAAGAGGUCGUGAUUUGACAUAGGUGCUGAGGGGUAAGGAUAUGAUUGUCUUGAUGUUCAACGUCGUGAUUUGACAUAGGUGCUGAGGGGUAAGGAUGUUGCAUUUUCGUGUCCUGCAUAUAAUUGUUUAGUCUCCAAAAUAGUAAGUGUGAAACUAUGUGAGACUCAUACCAUGCGAUGUCUGCAGGAAAACGAGAUGCAUGCGUUACAGCAACGAAAAGACGACGAGCUAGCACGACUGAAGAAGGAGAUGGCAAAAGAGAAGAAGGAGUACGAGAGGAGAAUGAAAGACGAGUUUGAAUCCCAGCUACAACGCGAGCGUGAUAGCUGGGAGGCCAAAAAAAAGGAGGAAGAAGAUGUAACCUUUAAAGAUUAUGGAUUGGAGAUUCCUUUUUGCCUUUUGUUCCAUAAUAAUGGAAGCUUCGUUCUCCCUUUUUAGCUUCUCCAAAAACGAUGAAAGGUUCUGCAAUUUAUUGUGUUUUUCAGGUUGCUGUCCUCUAGGGUGUUUUUUGUCUACACUUGAAAUACAUAGUUCAAGAACAGCGGAUACGGAACCAAAUAAGGGUUUAGUAGGUGCUUUCCCUCCAUAUUUUGUUCGAUAGAAGAGCGGGCGCAGUCCUUCGUUCGUGAGAAGAGGACCUGAUACUGUUACUGUAUUAUGUGCCGCAAGACACAGUCUGGUGUACUUCAACUUAUUAGCUUUAUUAGACGCUGAGAUAGACGAGAAAGAGAAACCUUCAUUCUGCACACAUACACAAAUUGAAAUUUCCUCAGCUUCAGAUGUCGAGGUAGAUUCUGCACAGAAAUUUAUCGUGCUGUUUCUCAUGUGCUCUAAGACUGAGUGGAAUCCAAUUGGGUGCUUGUCGACAGCACACACGCGAUUAUCGAUGUGAACAAUGGAGAGGGAGAAUCGCCGUAA